AUGAGCCAGGUUGGAGAGAAGCAUGCAGAAGCAGUGAUCCAGCAUCCAGGUAUGACCUAUGAGACCCGGUUCAUAUACUAUCUGAAGAUCAGCAAACCAUCCAACAGCCCCGAGAAGAUUGUUUGGAUAGACUGUGGAGUUCAUGACAGAAUGGAUUGCCCUGCUUUUUGCCAUUGGUUUAUGAAAGAGGAACAUCUCCUACAGAAUGAUAAAGACAACAUGAGGACCAGCAGGCUCCCUAAGGAGCUAGCCUUCUACCUGCUUCCCGUCCUCAACAAUGAUGGUUGCACUACUUGGACAACAGGCCAUCUCAUGGUUCCUCUGUUUCAUGAUCCUCUCUGGAGGAAGUCCCACUCAUCCCAUAAUAAUGGCACAUGUCAUGGAAAUAUCAAUCAAAAUUUCAUUGUCUCCUGGUGUAGUAUUGGCGCAUCCACAAACUGCCAAGAUUUAACAUUCUGUGGGAGAGAAUCAAUGUCGGAAUCAGAGACCAAAGCAGUCUCAAGCCUUAUAGAAAGCAGAAAGGACACCCUGUGCUUCCUGACUAUGCAGUCUUAUGGGCAGCUGACUCUCAUACCAUAUGGCUACACCAAAAAUAAACCAAGUAACUACGGAGAACUAAUUCAAGUUGGACAGAAGGCGGCAAAUGCAUUGAAAGCAAAGCGUUGAACCAAUUAUAGAGUUGGAUCAAGUGCAGAUAUUUUAUAUGCUAUGUCAGGAUCCUACAAAGACUGGACUCGAGACAUUGUCCCCUUCAAAUACACGGUUGAGCUGAGGAUCAACGCUACAUUUUUCUUUCUGCCUGAAGCCCGACUCCAGCCCACUUGUGAGGAAACCAUGGAAGCUCUGCUUUCACUCCUUGAUGGUGAGUAUGAGAAUUACUGGUCGCCAGCAGCGCCGGGAAGGACAACCACAAACUUUUUCACUUCUUGUGAAGAAAUCCUAAAGGAUAAGCGCAUGAGCUAUUCCUUGCAGCUGAAGUGUGAGCGUGAGGAAGUGAUCCAGGUCGCCUCCAUCACUAGCAAACACGAUGGCUAA